AUGGGUGGUAGUUCAAGCAAGCAAAAAACAAGUGUAAAUAAAGCCAUUAUCGUUGAAGAAAAUAUAACAGAAAUUGACAUUAACGAAAGGUUCGAUAAAGAAGUAAAAUUUAUUCAAAUAGAAAUCAACAAAUUGGAAAAUAAAUUCAAUGAAUUUCAAACUUUAAUGAAUAUACAAAAACAAAAAGAAGAAAAUACCAAUAAAAUCCUUGAAAAGCGAGGUAUAGAGUUGUAUGAAUAUUAUAUGAAAUUAAUACUUACUAUAGACCAAUACGUUGGACUAGAAGAAACUCGUAGAAAAAAAAGGAAAAGUUAUGUUAUUUUUAUUCAAAAACGACUAGAUUUAGUAGAGCAACUACAAAACCAACUAAGAGAUAAACAAACAAAUCAAUCAGAAAGUUAA